AUGCCACCAAUUCGUACUGCAUUUCAACAGAAACUGGCCAUUCAAGAGGGCAAGAUCUUAUUAGCCCUUGACGAUAUCAAAAACGGUCGUAUCGAAUCGAUUCGCGCAGCUGCAAAGCUAUACGAUAUACCCUACCGAACUCUCGCUGCACGCGCGAGUGGGAGGCAGGCACGCGUUGAUCAACGCCUAUCUACCUAUAAAUUGACCGAAACAGAAGAGGAUUCGCUAGUUGAAUGGAUCAUCUCUCUAGAUACGCGUGGAGCAGCGCCUAGGCCAGCUACUGUACGAGAGAUGGCUAAUAUCCUACUGGCUGCCCGCGGUAGCCAGCCACCACCUACUGUUGGUAGGAAUUGGCCAUCAACCUUCAUUAAUCGACGCGAAGAGAUUCGAUCGCGUUUCUCUAGGCGAUACGACUAUCAACGCGCCCUAAACGAAGAUCCAAAAUCGCUACGAGCGUGGUUUGCGACCGUACAACGCGUGAUCGAUGAGAACGGUAUUCAACCGCAGGAUAUCUACAACUUCGAUGAGACAGGAUUUGCAAUAGGCCUUAUAUCAACACAAAAGGUUGUUACGCGAGCUGAUUACUACGGUCGGCGAUCGUUACUACAGCCAGGUAAUCGCGAAUGGGUUACUGCUAUCGAAGCAAUUUGCGCUGAUGGCUAUUCGCUACCGCCAUAUGUGAUUUUUAAGGGCAAGGUUGCAAUCGCUGGUUGGUUUGAUAACCUACCACAAGAUUGGCGAUUCGAGGUCUCGAAUAACGGAUAG